AUGACUGUCAUUUCUAAUUUGAUGUUGGUAAUUGUUUUACUGUGUGUUGUGUCUUUACACGUUGCCAGCCCCAAACCUCAUUCACGUACCCGAAAGUCUGCUGAUGGAGAAAAAGAAGAUUGUUAUAACAUUACAAAAGACAAAUGGUUGAAUUAUCAGAUUUUGAAACUAAGUGCUGUUGAAACCGAAGAUGGAUGCAAACCAUUAUAUUGUUAUAAGUUCGCAAAAAACACUUAUUUGAGGUAUUACGUUUUGCAUUCAACUGAUGUGGAAUCCGAAGAUGAAUGCAAACUAUUAUGUGAGAAGAAUAACAAAUGUGGCACAUAUCGGAUAAAUCGUAGAGUCAGACCAUUCAGAUGUGAUCUGUUCAAAAAACCAGUUAUCUUUGCGGCAUUCAAUACAAACUUGGAGGAGUGUAUAAAGAAAUGUACAGCGAUGAAGGAAUGUAAAAUACUGACGAAUCUUGCAAACAUACUAGGUGUCGUAUUUUCCUUCUAA